AUGGGUACCCGCGGUUGGCAUGAGUGUCAUUCCUCAAAGAGAGAGGGAAGGGGAGAGCAGAUCUCAGCGAGGCGGAGAGAAGAGGCUGCGCAGGUCUUAGCUCUCUUUCAAUCCCGUGGUCUGCAAGAGAAGAAGCUGCCGCAGAGAUUCAGUGGAGAUAUUUGGGACCAUGCACGGUGCACGCUGACCAGAGCAAAUAUGUUGACGCUGCCAUUCGAGGAAUCUCGUGUGAUGUGUGAGCCGCGGUUUGGUGCCAAUUAUCCCCGUGAAAGCUUACCUGAGAGCCUGGAGCAGGGGCGCCAGCGCAACCCCGAAAGGUCCAACCCAGACAUGAGGGAGGUCGAGGACGACAUCUCCGAGAGGGAGGAGGAGGACGACCGGGAGGACGACCAGGACGAGGACGGGCUUCCUAAAAAGCGAGGCCCCCGGAAAAAGAAACCGGGCAAGGAGCAGAACGACAGGGCCAAACUACGACGCCAGGAAGCCAACGCCCGGGAGCGCAGCCGGAUGCACGGCUUGAACGCGGCACUGGAGAGUUUGCGCAAAGUUGUGCCGUGCUACUCCAAAACUCAAAAACUGUCCAAGAUUGAGACGCUCAGACUGGCGAAAAAUUACAUCUGGGCACUGUCGGAGACUCUCAGCGCGGGCAAGAGACCGGACCUGCUCGCGUUCGUGCAGACUUUGUGCAAAGGAUUAUCCCAGCCGACGACCAACUUGGUGGCCGGCUGUUUGCAGUUGAACGCGAGAAAUUUUCUCACAGACCACAACGGGGAAGUCAUGUUUUCAAGCAGAUCCACGUACGAGGCCAUGUACCCGUACCCCGGCUCGGACAUGAGCUCGCCCCCCGGCCACAGCGGCGGGGGCUUGGACACCGGCGCGAAGCCGUUCCGCCACUACGGCUACAGCGGUGCCUACGAGCCCUACUUCGAGAACCCGUCCCCGGAGAGCGGCAGUCCGCAUUUCGACGGACAAAUGAGCCCGCCGAUGAACUUUAACGGGAUUUUCUCUCUGAAACACGACGAGCCCCCAGAGUACGGGAAGGGCGGUCACUACGGGGUGCGCUACUGCGGCGCGCCGGGACGCGCGGCCCUGGCGCAUAACUCCAUGUACCGGGUGUCCCCAGAGGCCCGUUUCCCCUACGACCUUCACGUGCGCAGCCAGUCCUUUCAAGCACAAGGAGAAGUAAAUGGUUCUUUUCACAACUAAUAAAGCAGCUGGGGGAAAAAAAAGAAAAAAAGUUUAUGCUUUAGAGUCGGUUUCCCGCACAGAUAUCGAGCAGAACGAGAUGGGAUCUAACACGCUGACGCACAACAUGUUUUGAUAGGUGAAAACAAAAAGUCAUUUUUGAUGAAAAGGUUUCAUUAUAAUCAGUCACUCUCCCACUUAAUUUAUACGACAGAAGAUCGAAGAAAGACAGCUGAAAACCUAAUUUUGUUGUAUAAAAAUCACGCCAACAGUGAGACGUUUUUAGACUGACAUGCCUGAGAUUUCUUCAUAGAAAACAAAGAUUUAAUGAAUCGGUGCUACUUUUCUGUCACACCUCAAAUGUAAAACAAUCCGUUGAAAACCGCAAUCUAGCAAAUUCUUGUUUCUGUUAAGGGUGACGCAGCAGAUGCUCGUGGUUCUACGUUUCUGGGUAAAUGGGACACGCUUUUAUCUAAAGGACUCGCUGAAAUAAGCUGAAUGAAUUUUUUGGGGGAAGGAAAUAUUGGAAACUAUUUGAAAUAUUCCAAGAAGAAACUGAAGAUGUUUUGCUGCAUCAGGGAAGUUUGCUGAGACAUGAUUGGAGGUCAGAGAAUCAGUCUGUUAGCAAUAAAAGUCAGUUGUGCUAUGCAAGGCAGCCAAAUGCAAUCUUUGCUUUUAAGAAAUUUACAUAUGGUCUUAGAGGACGCCUGUGGAUCAUAUAGAAAGAAAGUCAAUUAUUGGACAAUGAUUAGACCACUUUUUUCGGGUGGGGGGGGUGGGGGUGUGG